AUGGCAUGCAACCCUAGUUCAUCAUCUUCUAAGGUUGACAGAAAAACCAUUGAGAAAAACAGAAGGAUUCAAAUGAAGGCCCUAUACUCCAAGCUCCAUUCUCUUGUUCCUCAUGACUCUCCUAGGGGUAUGGUAUCACAACCAGAUCAACUACAUGAAGCUACAAACUACAUUAAGAAAUUGCAAAUAAAACUGGAGAAGAUGAAAGAAGAAAAGGAAAACUUGAUGCGGAUCAAGAAAAGAAAAGGUACGAGUUUGGGGCAACAAAGCACACCACGGAUUGAUGUUCGUGAAAUGGGGUCAUCUCCUGAAGCAAUUCUCAUCACUGGGGUUGAUUUUCAGAUCAUGUUAAGUGAAACUAUUCGUGUGAUUCAUGAAGAAGGCUUUGAUGUCAUCAAUGCUAGCUUUUCUAUCAUUAAUGAUAUUGUUGUUCAUACCAUACAUGCUCAGAUUGGAGAGACUUAUUCCUCAGAGAAUGGUAUUUCGAGGAUCAAAGACAAACUAAAUAACAUUGUGUAUAGCACUUGA